AUGGUAUCGACAUUACCUUUCGAGAAAAUCUUCAACCUGCGAAAAAAAGGGCCGCGUUGUAAGCGUUCGAGGCAUCCCGAAGAGGAAAGCGAAGGUUCCGGUAGCUCAGCGCAAGAAGACUUCCUAGAGCCUACCCCGCUAGCAGUUCAUAAUGCUGCGUAUGCAGAUGAAGCAGACGAUGACAUUGAAGACUUGAGCAUUAGAAUUGGGCGGAUGCGUCUUGGGGAGAGAAUAGGGGGGCAUUAUCGGCCAAGGAUUGUAGAUGAGAUCAUGUCCUCUCUCCAGCGGAUUUCAAGGCGAAGCUCUCCAUCGGUUUCCCCGAUUGUGCCCUCUAUCCCAGCCAACGAGGAUUCGAAGCCCGGGCCAUCGUUUACGGCCCCUUCGCUCGACUUCAGGUACUGGGACGCUGUCCACCCGGCGGCACGAGUCCUUUACAGGCCUUCAUUUACACAGCGAUAUGAAACUCUUUGGGAAGCCGUUGAGAAUGAGUAUCGAGUUGCACCGUCACUUUCGGCACUAGUCUGUGCCAUUCUUUUCUCUGCAGUGUCAAGCAUGUCUGAGACAAAAAUCUUAGAAACUUGUCGACCUCGCCACGGGGACUUGAAGAACCAGCUGAAGGUCGGGGUGGAGACAUCACUCGCAAAGGCUCAGUUGCUUAAGUCCACUAAAUUUGAGACUCUGCAGGCAUUUCUGCCAAUGUGCGUGGACGAGAUUUCUCGUACUCAUACAGUAUUGACAAGCAUGGCGAUCCGAAUCGCAGAGUGUAUGGGACUUCAUCGUGAUCCUACUGAAUAUGGCUUCUCGCCGACUGAAUGCUACGCCCGCCGCCUCGUGUGGUACCAAAUUUGCUAUCUAGAUCUCAAGACAAGCGAAGUUCAGGGCCCUCGACCAUAUAUUUCUUACGAUGGGUAUACGACACAGCUCCCUAUAGACGUUUCAUUGUCAAAGCCACCACAGUCUCCAAAUUCAUCACCCGUUUGGAACAAUUUGAUAUUUUCAUCUAUACGAUUUGAAUGUCAAGAAAUGCAGCGCAAGUGUCUGGUCUUGUGCAGUCGUGUCGACCGCAAAAGGAUUAGUCUGACCAAAGCGAUUUCCAGGAUUGAAGAAUUUCGUCUCUCCAUGAAUACAAAAUAUGGGCCGUAUCUUAAUACAGCAACACCAGGCCCAAUGCAAAGAAUGGCUCACUUGGUGAUGCAGCUUUUCACCAGCCUUCUUUACGUGAAAAUGCUACACAGGUACAUCAACUCGGUGACCUACAGAAUUCCUGACAGGCUGCGUCAAAUUGUUUUGACGAAAGGCACGGAAGCGCUGGAAGCCGCGGUGGAGCUUGAAUCAGCGGAAGACCUUAGGCAAUGGGCCUGGUAUUUUGGCGCCUACCACCAGUAUCACACUGCUUUCCUCUUACUAGUCGAAGUUUUCACCUACCCGAUGCGACGCGAGGCAAAUCGUCUUUGGCUAUGUUUCGAUUUCAUCUUCGCCGAGGCAUUGUCCAAUGUACCGCCGUUGCAAACAAACCACCCAACCCUACAAGAUAUUAUUGCGCAUCGAGAUAUCAAAGCCAGAUACUUAUUGACUAUGGUCUGUGAACGGAUGCAAGAAUACCGGAAAGCGAAGGGAUUGAAAGAUCCGGUGCAAUUCAAGGACUCAAUGAUAGUGCUCACACCUCAAAAAGAAGGCGACAGCUCAGACCCCUGGAUGCCUCUCAACUUUGCCCACGGGGAACCAGAACCUGCAAGCCACACAAAAAACCCUCUGGUCAGGGUUGAGGUAUCCACAGAAGAUAUGCAUACGGUGACGGGCCAUCAGCCUCCUACUUCGCCAGUGGAAGGUGGACUUGUCCCCUCCGAAUUCCCCUCUGUUCCAGAUAACACGGCCAAUGUGUGGGCCUCAUCUUCGGAGAGGUUCUCUCCCUGUAUCCAAUUUGGCGAAUCGGACUUUGAUGGCGAUAGUUAUUCUCGGCUGGAACCGACGCACCCUCAAAGCUAUGCUGCAAGCUCUACGACUGGGAGUUUGCCGGCCUCUCAGUACGGUGAUAUACGUGGUUUCUCAUCGAACUAA